UGAGAGAAAAGCGCUUCCCGAGCGCUCAAUCCUGUCACUGUACAGACAUGAACCGAGCUCAGCGAGCAAUAAUCAAAUCAAUUAUUUUUAUUCUAAGCGAUUAACAGGUUUUUUUUUUUUUCAUUUUCCGCUCAAAGGUGCAACACUAUUCCGUCAUAAUCGUCCUGUCUCUGUUCAGAAAUCGUUCAAUCGGUUGCGCUGGAUCUGUCGUUGCAGAAGAUGUGCGUGGAGAGCGAUGGAUGUGAAAUAGAGGGGUGCAGCAGUUCGGAUGUGGUGCACACGCUGUCUGGAAGCAUGAGUCCCACUCUUAAAUCCAGUACAGAUCUGCAUCCCUGCAAACCUGGGCAAAAAUUCCGUGCCGCAUUACUCCGAUGCCGGACUCCGCUUGUUGCCGCCGGGAUUCUGAGUUUUGGAAAUGUGCUCAAUUACAUGGACAGAUACACCGUAGCAGGUGUCCUUCUUGACAUACAGAAACACUUCGAUGUUGGUGACAGCGGAGCAGGCUUGUUGCAAACAGUCUUCAUCUGCAGUUUCAUGGUGGCCGCACCCAUUUUCGGUUACCUGGGGGACCGUUUCAACAGAAAGAUCAUUCUGAGCAGUGGAAUUUUCUUCUGGUCCUUUGUGACACUGCUAAGCUCCUUUAUUACCAAAGAUUAUUAUUGGUUGUUAGUGCUGUCCAGAUGUUUGGUGGGAAUUGGUGAAUCGAGCUACUCAUCCAUCUCUCCAACCAUCAUUGGAGACCUGUUCACAAACAACAGAAGGACCAUGAUGCUCUCUGUCUUCUACCUGGCCAUCCCACUAGGAAGCGGUCUUGGAUACAUCCUGGGAUCCAUUGCUAAAGACGCUGGAGGGGAUUGGUACUGGGCACUGAGGGUUUCUCCAAUGUUAGGUUUGACUGCUGGGUUCCUCAUCCUCAUCUUUAUCCCUGAGCCGAAGAGAGGGAGUGCUGACCAGCUCACUGGACGGAUAAAGACACGCACUUCCUGGCUCUGUGACAUGAAAGCUCUUGCCAAAAACCGUAGUUAUGUAUUCUCUUCUCUGGCAUCGGCCGCAGUGUCAUUUGCCACGGGGGCGUUUGGGAUCUGGAUCCCGCAGUACCUAGUCAGAGCUCAGGUGGUGCAGAAGACAGCAGUGAGCUGCACCUAUCAACCCUGCAGCAGUAAAGACAGUUUGAUAUUUGGGGCCAUCACCUGCGUGACUGGGCUGUUGGGAGUAGUGAUCGGCGCUGUGACCACACGGCUCUGUCGUCAGAAGACGGAGCGUGCUGACCCGCUGGUGUGUGCGGUCAGCAUGUUGGGCUCUGCUAUCUUCAUCUGCCUAAUCUUUGUUGUGGCCAAGAAAAGCAUUGUGGGAGCAUAUAUCUGCAUUUUCAUCGGAGAGACGCUGCUCUUUUUGAACUGGGCCAUUACAGCGGACAUUUUAAUGUAUGUUGUCAUACCGACCAGAAGAGCCACUGCUGUUGCCUUCCAGGGUUUCACGUCACAUUUACUAGGGGAUGCUGGGAGCCCGUACCUCAUUGGCCUGAUAUCAGACUCCCUGCAGCAGAGCUACGCUACGUCAGCUUUAUGGCAGUUCCUGAGCUUGGGAUAUGCCCUCAUGCUCUGUCCAUUUGUCAUCGUUCUGGGGGGGAUUUUCUUCCUCGCCACCGCCCUGUUCUUCCUCGACGAUCGUGACAAAGCCGAGAAACACAGAGUAAACCAGCUUUCCCGGCCGCCGUCCACAGUUAAGGUUACCAAAUGAGAAUCCGCUGCUGCAAUGAAGAAAAAGUGGAAUGAAAAUAUGGGAAGGUGGAGGGAAAAACAGAAGGAAUAAAACUUGCAGCUAACUUUC